AGAAUGGAUAAAGGAAGAGACGUACUGAAAAGGGCAAUACAGAAUUCUCGAGGAACAGGAAUGGCAUUAGGUGCUUUGGUUGCUGCUGGUGCAGGCUUGUAUGGAAUAACACAGUCUAUUUUUACAGUGGAUGCUGGUCACCGCGCAAUUAUGUUCAACCGCAUUGGUGGAGUAGGCAAUGAGGUUUAUAAGGAGGGCCUUCACUUUCGUCUUCCGUGGUUUCAGUACCCCAUUAUUUAUGACAUUCGAGCCCGUCCUAAUCAGAUCCGGUCACCCACGGGAAGUAAGGAUCUCCAGAUGGUAAAUAUUGGAUUACGAGUACUGUCACGGCCAGAUCCUAAUUCUCUUCCCAAAAUUUAUCGUAUGUUGGGUUUAAAUUGGGAAGAAAGGAUCCUUCCUUCGAUAUGUAACGAGGUUUUGAAAAGUGUUGUGGCAAAAUUUAAUGCUUCCCAGUUGAUCACUCAACGGCAACAAGUUUCUUUAUUGGUGAGAAAAGGUUUGAUAGAACGAGCCUUAGAUUUCAACAUAAUCCUUGAUGACGUGGCGCUUACUGAGCUUGCGUUCUCUCCUCAGUAUUCGGCUGCUGUCGAAGCAAAGCAGGUUGCUGCACAGGAAGCACAACGAGCUUCCUUCUUUGUUGAAAAAGCCAAACAGCAAAGGCAGGAAAAAAUCGUGCAAGCGGAAGGAGAGGCAGCUUCUGCUAAAAUGAUCGGUGAGGCAAUACGACAGGAUCCUGGGUUUUUGAAGCUGAGAAAGCUUCGAGCUGCCCAGAAAAUAUCUAGGAUUGUUUCUGAAGCUCCAAACAACAGGGUGUAUUUGCCUGCCGGUGGGCUGAUGUUGAAUAUUGCGGACAAUGAUUAUUUGGAUCUUGAGAAGGAUAAAAAGAGGAAGUAG